AUGGAUCGGAGGCCGGUCUAUGAGAGAACUCUUUCAGAGUCCGAGCUGCUCGAGCAGCUGCCGAGUGGAAUCUCUACUUUCAUUCGGACUGCAUCGGGGACUCAAUACCUCCACGCGCUUGCGCUUAGCGCAUUAAACAACGAAUUUACGGAGAGCAUUUUCAGACUCUACGAACCGAUUUUUGUCGAUCUUGCAGCCCGAUGGCUUCAAUCGGAUUUACAUGCCGACUACAUUCAUGUAUUAGCGGCGUUUGCGCAAGUCUUACCAUUUGCACCGCAUCUGCGGUCGCUUGCCAGUCAAUAUGCCUCAUCACAGACUGGACCUUUGGCGGCACUGGCCGUGUCGAAGGAAUUAACAUUGCUACAGUUGGACCAACCUAGCAUUAGACUCCUACUGCUCGCCUUAUUCCGACUUCUCUCUUUCGAUCUCGAAACGUUCUCUCCCCUCGUUUCACCGCUUCAACUUCAGUCCCUCUUCCAAUCCCAAGACCAAGUGACACGAUACCUUGCUGUAAGAUGCUUUGCCUUAUAUAUGCAUGCGGCGGAUGCGGCGACAGAGAAGAUGGUCCACGUCAACACUGGGACAGAUCCCAUUGAAGGAGAGUGGGAAGGCACCACGAUCGAUUAUCGCCUGCUAGGAUUGUGGGAAGAGCAACGAUGGGAAUCUCUCGGAAAGAUUAUCAGAGACACAAGGCAUUGCAGGACAGCGAGUGAAACUCUGGCCUUGUUUGAGAAGACAGGGGGAUCUUUCACAACCAAGACUGCAGAGAUUUGCGGAGUUUUGGUUCCCAGAAUGAAGGACACGCCCCCGGCCCCUUCGUCUGUAGUCAAGACCGAGACCACUGUUGGGAACUUGCGCCGGAUUGCAGGGUCAUUACUCGGGUUCAAACCUAUCCUGCUAGUUGGUUUGCCUAACUCGGGAAAGACCUCUUUGAUUAACGACAUCGCUGGUACAAUGGGUCAAGGCGAAUCUAUGGUGACGCUCCACUUGAACGAGCAGACAGAUGCAAAGAGCCUGCUCGGAAUGUACGCCACCUCGUCUGCAUCUGGAUCCUUCUCUUGGCAGCCCGGUGUAUUGACCAAGGCCGCACGCGAAGGCCGCUGGGUGUUGAUCGAAGACCUUGAUCGUGCCCCCUCUGAAGUAAUGGGUCUCAUCCUUCCAAUUAUCGAGAGGGGUGAAUUAACCAUCCCCAGUCGGAGAGAGCGAAUCAAAUGUGCGCAGGGCUUCAAGAUCAUCGCAACUAUGAAGUCGUCAUACAACAUUGCUGGCGAGGAGAUCGCACCUACCACCUCAAUGCUUGGAAGUAGGCUUUGGGAGCGAGUACAGGUGAAGUCUCUUGCUGUGGAUGAGAUGCGUGAUGUUAUCUUGCAGAAGUAUCCUUUGCUUGAGUCUCGUGUGCCAACUAUCAUGAACGUUUACGGGCGGGUAUGCUCUGCAUUCCAUGGAAGUCUUGCAAUCAAGGGCUCCCAAGGCCGUACCCCGGGUUUCCGUGAUUUGAUCAAAUUGUGUAGCCGCCUGCACAAUCGUCUUCAACGCAUGGGCGCGAAGACUGGCUAUGAGCCCACAUCAGAAGGCACCGAGGAUGAAAUAUUCCUCGACGUUGUUGACGUUUUUUUCAAGUAUUUGCCUGAGAAGUCAAUGCAGACUACCCUGGCCGCCGUCGUGGCUGAAGCGCUUCAGAUUUCCCCCCAGCGAGCCCAAUACUGUCUAGAAGAACGCACUCCCACAUAUACCGACAAGAACAACAGCUUGAUUCUUGGCCGAGAAAUCUGCCAGAAGAUAAAGGUACCGAGCGGAUCUGCAUUGAAGCUGGCCGCAGCAGCUUCAAGAUUUGCUCCCACCAGAGCGGCCUUGUCACUUAUGGAGCAGGUUGCAGCCUCGAUCCAGAUGGCAGAACCUGUUCUGCUUGUGGGAGAAACUGGUAUCGGAAAGACAACGGUCAUCCAACAUCUUGCGACUCUGAUGCGUCAGAAACUUACGGUAGUGAAUUUGUCACAGCAGAGUGAAAGCACCGAUUUGUUGGGUGGUUUCAAGCCCGUCAACAUCCGUACAAUGGCAGUUCCAAUGCUGGAUGAGUUCACACAGCUGUUCGAAUUGACUUUCUCGGCCAAAAAGAACCAGAAGUUCUUGUCUUCUAUAUCGAAGAGUGCCGCCUCCUCCAACUGGGUCCGGCUGGUGACCUUAUGGCAUGAGGCCGUUCGCCUUGCCAAAGGUGUUUUCAACCCCCCAAAUGUCGAUUCUGAGAAUGGCGAUGAGCAGCCAGCCAAGAAGAGGAAGCUCGAUUCUCCCAAAUAUCAGCACUUGCGGCAAAGAUGGGAAAGUUUCGCCACUCAACUCGGAGAUUUCGAGGCUCAAGUUUCACAAGGUGAUGCCAAAUUUGCCUUUGCUUUCGUACAAGGUAAAAUUGUGAGAGCUUUGCGCAACGGCGAAUGGGUUCUCUUGGAUGAGGUAAAUUUGGCUUCUCCUGAUACCCUCGAGAACAUCGCCAGUCUUCUGCAUCACGGCAGUGAGGGAUCGCCGUCUGUACUCCUCUCAGAGGCCGGUGAUGUUGAAAGAGUCUUUGGUCACCCGGAAUUCCGUAUCUUCGGUGCAAUGAACCCUGCCACAGAUGCCGGCAAGAGAGAUCUACCACCAGGUCUUCGCUCUCGAUUCACCGAAUUCUACGUGCACUCACCCGACAGUGAUCUGAAUGAUCUAUUGGCCUUGAUCCAGAAAUAUCUUGGCGAUUUGACGAUCAGUGACCAACGGGCCGUGCCAGACCUCGCACAGCUUUACAUGGUGACGAAGAAACUCAGCAACGAGAACAAGCUCACCGAUGGAGCUGGGCAACGACCCCAUUUCAGUAUCCGUACUCUCGUUCGUGCUUUGAUCUAUGUCAUCGACCACGCACACGUAUAUGGACUACGCAGGGCGAUGUUCGAGGGUUUCAGCAUGAGCUUUUUGACUGUACUUAGCCUAAACUCAGAGCGAGCUUUGAUACCCUUGCUUGAGAUGCACAUCUUCGGCAAUGCGAAAAACUCCAGGGCUUUGCUCGGACAAACUCCUCGCGCACCCACUGAUGGCAAUGAAUACGUGAACUUCAAGCAUUACUGGAUGCGCCGCGGUCCUAUGGUUCCGGAGGAGCAACCUCACUACAUCAUCACCCCAUUCAUCGAGAAGAACCUCAAGAACUUGGUUCGAGCAAGCUCAACUCGACGAUUCCCUGUUUUGCUCCAAGGCCCGACAUCAGCUGGAAAGACAAGUAUGAUCGAGUAUCUAGCAAAGGUAUCUGGAAACAAAUUUGUCCGCAUCAACAACCACGAGCACACGGAUCUGCAAGAAUAUUUGGGAUCUUACGUCUCCUCGGAUGAUGGAAGCUUGCGUUAUCAAGAGGGUGUGUUGGUGGAGGCGCUGCGGAACGGUUAUUGGAUUGUGCUGGAUGAGCUGAAUCUGGCACCUUCUGAUGUUCUCGAAGCUCUUAACCGACUCCUUGACGACAAUCGUGAGCUUUUUAUCCCCGAGACUCAAGAGGUUGUUCACCCGCAUCCUAAUUUCAUGCUCUUCGCGACACAAAACCCCGCUGGUCUGUAUGGUGGUCGAAAGGUUUUGUCCCGCGCCUUCAGGAACCGUUUCCUCGAGCUGCACUUCGAUGAUAUCCCAGAAAGCGAGCUUGAGUUCAUUCUGAAGGAGCGCUCUCAGAUCGCACCAUCCUUCUGCACGCGCAUUGUUGCUGUCUACCGUAAACUGUCCUUGCUGCGCCAGUCCAAUCGACUCUUCGAGCAGAAGAACAGCUUUGCCACUUUGCGUGAUCUUUUCCGAUGGGCGCUCCGUGAAGCCGAUGAUCGUGAACAGCUAGCAGUCAACGGUUACAUGCUUCUGGGCGAACGUGUGCGCAACCCCCAAGAGAAGGCUGCCGUCAAGGCUGUGAUCGAGGAAGUGAUGAAGGUCAAACUGGACGAAGACACUCUAUACAGCUCCACAGAGCUGCAAAAGCAUGUCCCUCAGAUGAGUGAGCUUCCCGCAGGUGUUGUGUGGACCAAGGCCAUGAGACGUCUCUUCGUUCUCGUUUCGAAGGCGAUCAAGAACAACGAGCCAGUCCUUCUUGUCGGAGAAACUGGUUGCGGUAAAACCCAACUCUGCCAGGCUAUCGCGGAAGCUUUCCGACGCGAGCUGUUCAUCGUCAAUGCACAUGUCAAUCUGGAAACUGGCGACUUGAUUGGUGCCCAGCGACCUAUCCGAAACCGGGCGGCCAUCGAGAAACAGCUUGUCGACGACCUUCAAAUGCUCCUUCACGGCCAACCAACCGGCGCGUCAUUCGAUGAGUUGAAGCAGGAAUUCACAGCAUUGACUGCUGAGCAGCGUCAAGCCAAGGACCAGUCUCUUCUGCAGAAGAUUGAGAAGAAUGCCAUUCGUUGCAAUGCACUGUUUGAAUGGUCCGAUGGAAGUUUGAUCACUGCUAUGAAGACCGGCCAAUUCUUCCUUCUCGACGAGAUCUCCCUCGCAGACGACUCCGUGCUUGAGAGGCUCAACAGUGUUUUGGAACCUGCGAGGUCUAUUCUUCUUGCAGAGAAAGGCCCUGUCGAUUCAAUGGUUGUGGCUGAUGGUGGAUUCCAGUUCCUUUCCACCAUGAACCCAGGUGGUGAUUACGGAAAACGUGAGCUUUCUGCCGCUCUUCGCAAUCGUAUGACCGAGAUCUGGGCGCCUCAACUGUCUGAUGAUGAGGAUAUCUUGCCGAUUCUCUCACAGAGAUUGAACCUGAAGGAGGAGAAUGUGGCGAGAGCUAUGCUCCAGUUCGCCAAAUGGUUCAAAACAACCUUCCAAAACACCUCUACUACCUCUCUCUCCCUCCGUGAUCUUCUUGCCUGGGUCGAUUUCAUCAACACCUGCCAGAGCACCGAUAUCCAGUUCGCUAUCAUUCAAGGUGCCGCGAUGGUCUUCGUUGACACCUUAGGUGCCAACCCAGCGGCAAUGCUUGCCAUCUCUCUCAAUGACCUGGAUGGCAACCGCAAAGCAUGCCUCACCAAGCUAAGCGAACUGUUCAAUGUCGAUGCUUCCAAGAUCUACUGGGAGUCCACUACUGUCUCCGCAGAGCCUGGCGUUCUGCGCGUUGGGCCAUUCGCUCUGCCUACAGCUGGUACCGCAAACCCCGAUCCCCAGUUCACCAUGGAUGCCCCAACCACAAUUGCCAACUCUGUGAGAAUUGCUCGUGGUUUGCAGUCCUCCAAGCCUAUUCUCAUGGAAGGAAGUCCAGGUGUGGGCAAGACCACACUUGUGACUGCUCUGGCCAGAGCUCUUGGCAAGCCUCUCACUCGAAUCAAUCUUUCGGAGCAGACAGACCUCACAGAUUUGUUUGGUUCCGAUGUUCCCGUGGAGGGAGGAGAUGUUGGGCAGUUCACCUGGCGUGACGCGCCGUUCCUGCGAGCUAUGCAGCGCGGUGACUGGGUUUUGCUGGACGAAAUGAAUCUGGCUUCGCAGUCCGUUCUUGAGGGUCUCAACUCCUGUUUGGAUCAUCGUCAGCAAGUGUAUAUCGCUGAGCUCGACCAAACAUUCAAAAGACACCCUGAUUUCGUUCUCUUUGCUGCCCAGAAUCCUCACCACCAGGGUGGUGGCAGAAAGGGUCUUCCCGCAUCUUUUGUCAAUCGGUUCACGGUCGUCUAUGCAGAGAGCUUCACGGAUGAUGACUUGAAAACUAUCUGUUCAAGGCUUUUCCCGGGUAGUCCCUCUCUCCAGACUGAGAGGCUAGUCGACUUCAUCUCCCUCUUGAACCAAGCGAUUACGCGUGACCGUCGUUUGGGAGCUACUGGUGGGCCUUGGGAAGUUAACCUGCGUGAUAUCCAGCGAUGGCUUCAACUUGCCGAUCGAGGGAACUUGCAGAUCCAGACCAAGCAUUUCCUUGACGUCGUCAUCAGCCAGCGAUUCCGAACUGCGGAGGAUCGUAAAUUGGUCUGCCAAAUAUAUGACCGUGUUUUCACGGACUCGGAGACUGGCCCGAACAGUUACUUCCACAAUCUGACUCCCGAGUACUUGCAGGUUGGCUUAGGUGUUUUGACCCGUGAUCCUCUUUUGCAGCACUUGGCCGAGCCGAACAUGAGGAUUCUCCCCAAGGACCUUCACAUCGUCGAGUCACUUAUUCUGUGCAUUGACAACUCCUGGCCAAGCAUUCUAGUCGGACCUGCCGGGUGUGGCAAAACCACUCUCAUCAGAAAGCUGGCAGCUGUCAACGGUGCAAAUCUGGUGGAACUCGCCUUGAGUGCAGACACUGAUACCAUGGAUCUGAUUGGUGGAUUUGAGCAAAUCGAUCAUCGCAGGGAAGUAUCUGGCUUUAUUCAUGACAUUGAGAUCUUCUUGCGAAACCAGCUCAUCCACUGCUUUGCUUCAGGAGAUGUGUCUGAUGUUGUGAUUUCCGCCCUUCGCAUCUGCGAGCAUUUCCAGUCUGCAUAUAUCUCUUUGGAAGACAUGACGCCGUUGCUCUCCAGCCUGUGCCAGUCUUCUUCUGACCCAGCCUACCAACAAUACCUCGAAAGAGCUCAGACUUUGUUGAAUGCCAUUCAGAAAUCUGACAAGAUGAAGGUCGGAUUUGAGUGGACGGAGGGUGUCCUUACUCAGGCCGUUCAACAUGGACACUGGGUAAUCCUUGACAAUGCCAAUCUGUGCAACCCAUCUGUCCUUGAUCGAUUGAAUUCUUUGACGGAGCCGAACGGUACACUUAUCCUCAAUGAGCAACGGACGGAGGAUGGAUCUGCCAGAGUCAUUACUCCCCAUCCCAACUUCAGAAUCUUCUUAACUAUGGACCCUCGCAAUGGUGAAUUGUCUCGUGCCAUGCGAAACCGCUGUACUGAGAUCUGUUUCCUUCCAAGUGAGCUGCAAGACAUUGAACCUACCGUGGGCCCAUCGUAUACCUGCGAAUCUUUCCUCUAUCGCCUUCGCCAUAUCUGGAAUUUGGCAACGCAUAUGGAGGAUGAAAAGUUCGUUGAGGUUUGCUUGGAUCAUCUUUCGCCAGCAGAAUUGUCCUACCUACAACAAUCGCCAAACAACCCUGUGGUCAAUAGCGGAAAGGCCCAGUCCCACAAUCCUCUGCAGCGUUACACCUCUUUGUUCCAUGACAAUAACCAGUGGAAGCCUCUUGAAAUCACCAACGGCGAGAUUGUUCUCGGAGGGGCUCACCUUGGUAUCCGAGGCAUGUCACAGCCUCUUCACCCGCUCAUCAACGAGCCUUUGCUGGCUAUCGCAGGAACCAAGGAAUUCAGGUCCAGCCUGGUGGUCCUGGCCUAUCUACAGGAGUUGAGACUUGAGAUCCACCGCCUUAGGCAAGGAUUGAUACAAGCCGACGCUUCUGGAAAGGAGUUGAAGCCUAGCCAAAUGACACGGUUGGAGCGUUCGUUGGCAUCCGAACGGAUCCCUGCGCUCAUGAAAGACACGACGCAACCUGUUGCUUCCUUUUUGUCUGAUUGUGGCCAGGCUCUGUAUGAUUACAUUCAGUCCUUGGAUCAAAUCUCUCUUCAAGGUCCUGUGAUAAUCGCCGCCCUUCGCGCCGUGACCUGCCUAUGCUGGGAUAUUUUCAGAGCCACGGAGGUGAGCCAGGUUGACGAAGGAGAGUUCCAAGUCUACCUCCAGAUGGGCCGCAGGAUUUGCGGGUCGUUGGCCGAUUCUUCGCCUUUGCUCCAGCCGCUACAGGUCGCUCUCUCGCAAGCCCUGGAUCGUUUCCAGGAAGGCUGGGCUUUGACGACCGGCCUCAGCAUGCAAAGGAUCUGGGAUUCCUGGAGACAUGUCACUCCUGUCUCUCAGAAGCAGUUGGAUUCUUUGAUUGAAUUGGAGUCAACUGUCCUCGAAUUCACAACUUUGGCUUUGCAGACCCGCGUGGAACUGUCUCAAUUAAGUCGCGUGCGCGACUCAUUGAUUGAUGCUCAGCGAUUCAUCCUCUUAGAUGGCGCCGAUGGGGACGCACUUGUUCAGGGUAUCAAACAAACCGUGGCUGAGCUCUCCCAUGCAGUCCGUCGCUCAGAGUCAAUUGAGUACCCAUACUUUGCCGAUGACUUCGAAGCUCUGUGCCAGUACCACGACAUAUCCUCAUUCUUCCAGAAGCCAGUCAAUGAUACAGUCAUUCAGACGGUCAUGCCACUUCUUGCUGGUCGUACGGCUCGUCCAUUGGACGCUUCGAACUUCCAGAACGAUGUCCCAAAUGCCCUGCACAGACUCUCGCUAUUUGCGGGUUCGUCAAGCAAAUCAGGUUCUGCAUUUGCUACCGGAGGCACCGUCUCUCUGUCGCUACUUGAUAGGCUGGCAGCGAUCACCAAUACAAAAUUAGGUCAGAUGGAUAUGCUUGAGGCAGAGAAACAGGCUCUCUCCAAGGCUAUUACCCUGAGCAGUCAACAGAUCGCAACAGAUCAGUCCAUCGUCCUUCGACGUACCAUCGCGAAACUCACAGCCGAGCUGGUUGGUUGCCAUCGGGAGUUCUUCGAGCCGCGUUCGGCAGAGCAUCUCAUCUCCGUUCUGCAGGCAAUCCAGGCCGGGAAUCCUUGCGUUGACGAGCCGUCUACCAAGGUUGAACUGGAUCAAACCCUAGGAAGUGCUCACUUCCUCAAGCCUCUCGCCGAACAGGCUCUGCCGGCUCUUGUUUCGUCACUGCAGGCGCAGUCAUCAAGCCAGCAGCAGAGCAUUCGGGAUACUGGACUUGCAGCGGUGCAGCUGGCAGUUAUUCUUCUGCGGCUGUUCGUGCCUGACAAGACAUUUGAUCCAUCCCUCGGCCUCGUUGUUCAGCUUAAGCGUCACAAUCAACGCCAUGCAGAAUUCAUGACCAAGUGUAACGCAAUCCUUGAGUUCGAGAAAACUUUCACUGGCCAGGCUUCCAACCUCCGGUCUGAACUUUUGAUGGCUGAGAUUCGCGAUUUGGGUGACGCUCCGCCCCCUUCACUCGUCAAUCGGCCUCAGCAGUCCCAGCUGAGUCUCUUGCAGGGCGAGUUCAUCAAUUUGAUCAACUCUGUGCUGAAGAGGGAUCCAGAGCAAAUGGUCCGGUCUGCUCAACAUUCGCGAGAAAGCCAAGAUAUGAUUCAGCUCUUGCGUAAUAACAUCAAACAAUUGAGCAACCGUCUCAGUGCCCAUUACAGGUCUUACGAUGAUAUCACUGUGCCUGUCGUCCGUUUCUUGCAGCUCUUGGACCUUGGAGUUCUCUUGACCUCCAGCCAGCCAGAACAGUCCGGCGAUAUCCCUGAUAUCAUGACUUUGAGCGAGCGCACGCCAUUCUUAGGCGGCAUUGUUCACCCCGUGCUUACUCACAAUGACGAGAAGCCUCCAGGCACCCUGAGAAAUGCAAAUGAAAUGCGUCUUCAAGAACUAUCUGCCCUCUGGGCGGCGAAGGACGCUGAUCCCACUAUCCUGGAAACAAAGGCUGGCCGAGGUAUCCUUCUUCGCAUUUUCGCCGACUUCCAUCAACUCUGGAAGACCAAGCUCGAGGAAGAUCGGGAACAGGAAGCCGAGAAAGGAGAGCUCUACCGCUUCAAGGGAUCCUGGGAAGAAGAAGAGGAAGUCAACGAAGCUGAACUAAAUGAACUUUUCCCUACCUUUGAUGAAGGCUCAGCCGAAGACACAGGGGGCGUUGAUUGGAUCGAGCGCAUUGACCCCAAGAGCAUCUCCAUUCGCCUUGCUUCACUUCAUGCAAAGAUCCUGUCAAAGGAGUGCACUGGAACCGCGUUGACCACAUUCGUCAAGCAAUCAGGACAUCUCUUGGGCUCGAUCUGGUCUGAAAGCAAGUCUUCAUUCUCGCCAAUCUCACCCCAAAGCCAUCUCCCUGCAGUCCUGCUCCUGCUCGAUGAUUCCAUCGGCGAGGGAACUGACGAUCGGAAGAAGAACUACAACUUCUACACCGAUUCUAACCUCGGAGAGGCAAGGAAGCUGGUCGCUCUCACGCUAUCUGUUCAGGCCCGGUUCGUUCAGAUCCAAACGGCCUGGCCUGAACAUGCCGUUCUCGCUGAUGUCAUUCAAUGCUGCUUGGAAAUUCUUCAGUUCAAGCACACUGAACCUGUUGCCAAGUUCAUGACCAAGGUUGAAAAGCUUCAUUCGUUCGUACAUGAGUGGCAGACUGUCGCAAGCAGAGAAUACUCAGCCGCUACCGUCUACGAUGAGAUCACAAGCAUUCUCAUCAGCUGGCGCCGUCUUGAGCUGUCAACUUGGGCCAAGCUCUUGGAUCUCGAGAAAGAGCGAUGCGAGGACGAAGUGGGUGCUUGGUGGUUCAUCGCCUACGAAGCGCUUGUCGGCGCCCCCAUUAUGAUGGUACAGGCAGGCGAAAAGGACAUGAGUGAACACAUCCAACAUUUGGUUUCGACCUUGGAGCAGUUCUUCAAGUCUACGACUAUGGGCCAAUUUGCUCGCCGCCUACAGCUUGUUGCCAACUUCCAAGCUUUGCUUGAGGUUUUCGCCAAAGAUUACCCCAGUCUUAAGCAGCUUGUCUCUGCCUUGGACAACUUCCUCCACCACUACGGACCCUUCCAGCCUGGAGUGGACAAGUACCUAACGGAGAAGCGAUCCACCCUUGAAAAGGACAUCAAGGAGCAGAUCCAACUAGCUAGCUGGAAAGACGUUAACAUCGUGGCUCUCAAGGAAAGUGCCAGAAGAUCCCAUGUCAAGUUGUUCAAGCUGGUUCGAAAGUACCGUGCUGCCCUUGGUCAGCCAGCCCAAUCAGUUCUUGAAUCGGGUCUCCCAGAAAGCACCGAGGAGGUCACUUCGAUAUCUCAAGCAGAGCCCGUCCGUCCCACUGCCACAUUCCCCGAGGCAAUGGCCAUCUGCCAAAAGAAGAAGAACUUGUGGUCUACCAGAGCGCUGAGAUUCCAGAAACCGGAUGGAACAGCCAACAACAUGAUGAAUCUGUAUACCGCAAUCCCAGCCGAGUUCGACAUCGCCAAGGACCUUGAUAGCUUCAUCGUGUCUGUCAUCGAAAGCAUGAAUGAGUUCAAGGCCAAGACACCCAAGGUUCUGAACGAAGAUAACAAGGGCGACGUUCAACACCUCAAGUCCCAGAAGCGUCGUCUGUAUGCUGAGACACUGAAGCAGCUGUACGAGAUGGGCUUGAAGCGUAAUGCUGGAACGAGCGUGAUCGAAACUCAAGCAACCGUCCCGCAGGUUCUUGCUACUAGCGCCGCCUUUGAGGCUGGUGCUGCCACCUCAACUGCAGUCCAGAGUGCCGAUUGGUACUUCCACAGACUUUUGGAUCUUCUGCCCAAGACCCGCCUUGCCUCUCGCAACUACUCAGAGGAGCUCAGCAAUGUCGAGGUCUUCAGGAGUAUGGGUUCUAUUGAGCAUCUCCUUUUCACUGUUCGUCGCCAGAGAGGUGUCAUUUCACCUGCUCUCACAGGGUUGGGCAAGUUGAAGUCUACGCUUGACAAAGUGCAGAAUCUUUGGACCGCGGCUUCUGAUUCUGCGUCGCAAGACCAUGCUUCCGCUCCGGAGGAGCGAACCAACCUGGCUAGAGUCGUGGCCUGGCUGGCUCCUAUCCUUGGGUUGGCUGCGAUGAUCGUUGGAGUGCAUUCCAAGUUCUCAGGAGUUGAUGCCUCCGAACUUGUGGAACAGUUGCGUGCCAAGAAGACAUCCUUUGACAGGCUGCGCAAGUUGCACGAAGAUCUUCCCGCGCUUCCUACCAGAAUCGUGUCCAAGGCCCACCACGAGAUUGCGCAGCAGACACGGUCGUCGCUCGACGAAUUAGCUGCUGAUCUGCAGAAGUGGAGUCAGGCCCGCCCUGAUCUUUCCUUCGCAUUGGAUCAGAUCACACCUUGGGUCAAAACAGACACCAGUGCUCUCGAGGAGAUCAAUGAUGAAGGCAGCUUGUCUAUCCAAGCCUUCGAUAGUAGCCUUUUGACUGCUAUAGACAAAAUGCUCAUUGGUCUUCAGCAGCUCAAGGAUGUGCCCUCCGCUAUCACUUACGAUGGAUUGCUGUCGAGGAGUGAUGAGUUCUUCUCUCGCGGAAUCAAGGCUGUUCAUCUCACCGAGAUCACUACCGCAUUGGAAACUGUCCUUGACUCGUUGUACCUCCUUCAAGACCACUCCUCUGGCGGCAUCUCGGUCGCUGCCGCGCUAAUCACCAGUAUCCUGCCCAUCGCCAACAGAUACUACCAGAUCUGUCGGGAUCUGGCUGAUCGAUUUAUCGCCGUGCAUCGCGAGAUCUGUAAGACAUCUUACAUUCUGACCAAGACUUUCAACCAAGUUGCCUCCGAAGGAUUCUGCAGUCCUGCUGAAGCAUCCCAAGAUGACGGCAAGGAGGGUAAGAUGGAAGGUGGAACGGGUCUUGGUGAAGGCGAAGGUGCGGAAGACAUCAGCAAAGACGUUGGUGAUGAUGAAGAUCUUUCCGAGCUCGCGCAGCAAGAGAACAAGAAAGAGGAUGGUGAUGAUGAGAUGGAUGACUCCAAGGAUGCUGUCAACAUGGAUCAGGAAGAUUUGGAAGGCGAGACCGAAGAGCGACAGGACGGGGAUGAGGAGGAGAAUGAUGAAAGUGACGAGGAAAACAACGAUGAUAUUGAUGAAGAGACUGGAAGCGUUGAUGAUCUCGACCCAGGAGCUGUUGAUGAGAAACUCUGGGACGGUGAGAAUGAUGAUGAGCAGAAAGACACCGAGAACCAAGAAGGCAAGGGUGAAUCGCAGGCCGAGCAACAAGCUGCGGCGCAGGAAGAGAAGGGUGACAAGGAUGGCGAGAAGGGUGAAGAAAAACAAAAGGAAGGAGAGGAGGAGGAAGAAACUGAAGAUGAGGAGGCACCCGAAGACGAGGGUGAGGCAAUUGGCCGUGAGGAAAUGGAAGUCACCGAUCCCCAAGCCAAGGAGGAAGAGACGCUGGAACUCCCCGAGGAAAUGCAACUCGAUGGUGACGACGGCAAGGAUGACAAUGGUGAAGAUGAAGAGGAAGGAAUCGAUGAUGUCGAUGAUGAAUUCGGCCCUGCUCCUGAAGAAGAAGGAAAGGUCGAAGACGGUGAUGAGAAUGUCGGCGAAGAAGAGGCCGAGGCAGCACCCGAAGAUCAAGUGCCAGGUGACGAAGAUGAAGAGAUGGCCGAUGAUGCCGAGGAGACCAAUGAAGGUGAAGCUGGUGCAGAGGAGGAGGAGGAAGCUGGCGGAGAGGAGCCUGAGGAGCCUGAGCACGAUGAUUUCCUGGCACAACGGGAUGAGAACGAAGCUGCAGGUGACAAUGUCGCUCCCAGCGACGCUGUCACCGGAGGACUUGGGGCCGAACAAGACCAGAAUGAGGAAAAGGGUGCUUCAGGUGACGCUCAGCAGGAGAGUGGCUCGACUGAUCCCAGUGCCGAAGUCGACCAACCGGCAGGGGCCGCCAAGGAGAGCGAAGAGAGCAAGCCCAGUCGGGAUGCAGGUGGUGGUGAAGACAACGGAGAAGACGAGCCUCAAAUGCAGGCAUUCAAGAAACUCGGCGAUAUUCUCGAGCAAUGGCACCGACGACAGAAGGAGAUCCUCAACCCCUCCCAAGAGGAAGAAGACUCCCAGCCUAUGGCCGAAGACACCGAUAUGGCGGAUGCAGAGUUCGAGCAUCUCAAGGACGACGACGAUGCCGCUGACACCCAGGCCCUUGGACAAGCCAACGAGGAUCAGACGCAAGCCCUCGACCAAAGCAAGGGUGUGGAAUCCGACAUCAAGCCUGGUGAAAACGACGUUCUCCCAGAUGUGUCCGACGAGCAGCAAGACGCCGUGGACAACCAGCUUGAAGAUGAGAUGCAAAUCGACCGCGAGCCGCUUCCCGCCGAUGGCGAGUCUGUCGGCGCUUUCAUCCCCGGCGGCCAAUCAUCCCAUGAGCGCACAGACGAGGCACAAGGCACGGAAGAACUGAACGAGGAACUCGACGCAGUCGACUCCCAACUCGCAGCAAUCCACCUCUCCUCCUCACUUCCCCCCUUGACCCCACAAGACGAAGCCCGCCGUCUCUGGUCGCACUACGAGUCCGCAACCAACGAUCUCUCCCUCUCCCUAACCGAACAACUGCGCCUGAUCCUCGCCCCAACAAUGGCCACCAAACUACGCGGCGACUUCCGUACCGGAAAGCGUCUGAACAUCAAGCGCAUCAUCCCCUACAUCGCAUCCCAGUACAAGCGCGACAAAAUCUGGAUGCGUCGCUCCAUCCCCUCCAAGCGCAACUACCAGAUCAUGCUCGCCGUCGACGACAGCAAGUCCAUGCUGGAAAGCGGCAGUGGCCAGCUCGCCUUCGAGACCCUGGCUCUCGUCGCCAAGUCCCUGAGCAUGCUGGAAGCAGGCGAUCUGUGCGUCCUCGGCUUCGGCAACGAGGAACACGUCCGCGUCGCCCACGAAUUCGGAAAGCCCUUCUCCUCCGAGGCUGGCUCCCAGGUCUUCCAGCAUUUCAGCUACCAGCAGACCGGCACCAAUGUGCGCAAGCUGAUCGCUGACUCGAUCGCUCUCUUCCGUGAGGCUCGCUGGAAGCGCUCGCCUGGUGCUGGCUCGGCUGAUCUCUGGCAGCUUCAGCUGAUUAUCUCUGACGGUAUCUGUGAGGAUCAUGAUACUAUUCGCCGUCUUGUAAGACAGGCGCUUGAGGAGCGUAUCAUGGUGGUCUUUAUUAUUGUCGAUGCUGUUAAGGGAAGCUCGAUCCUGGACCUCUCGCAGGCUAGCUUUGAGGCUGAUCCGGAUUCCGGUGGUGAGAUGAAGCUUAAGAUGAAGCGUUAUCUCGAGCACUUCCCCUUCCCUUACUAUCUCGUUGUUCGUGAUGUAAGGGAGUUGCCCUCUGUGUUGGCUACUGCGCUGAAGCAGUGGUUCGCUGAAGUUGUGGACGUGUCUUCUUGA